GACGCAAAGGGAGGGAAAGAAAAGCCUGGGGCGAGGACUGGCAGACUGGGUGUCUCUGUAGAGACUGGAGAUAGUGAGAAUAGCCAUUGUUGCCUGAGGUUACAGAUAGAGUUGUGCUAAAACCCAUUCUUUCAGCAUGAAGGAGCAAAGUCAUUUCAGCAGAAAAGCUCUUGCAGCCUGGUGCCUGGUGAUUAUGGUGCUCAGCCAACAGGUAGCUUCCAGUCCUGUCCCAGUGAUGGAGAUCCUCUCUGGCUCUGUGCAGGGAGUUCAGAGGUCACUUAGAAGAAUGGCCCGUAUGACGCCCCUUUGGAGAAUCGUGGGUACUAAACCCCAUGGAGCAUACUGUCAGAAUAACUAUGAGUGUUCCACAGGAAUCUGCAGGAAAGGACAUUGCUCCUUUAGCCAACCUAUAAAAUCCUAAGAUUGGAAAGGCUUACUUGCUGUCUGGACUCCUGCAUGAAGUGGAAUCAAAAAAAAAAAAAGGGUUACUUUUUGGUGUGAGAAAAAAAAGGAAAUGUUCAAUUUAAUAUCUCAGAUUUGGCAAGUCAAAAAGUAAAGUUGGUUAAGUGUCUUUGGGGUAAAAGCUUUUAGAUGGACAACUAACCAGCUUAAAUCAUAAUCGCACAAAUUCAUAUAUGCAUGAAUAUAUUAUAAUGCAAGUAAACUUUUUUUUUUCUUUUCAGUUUAACAACAUAAACCUCAUAACCUACAGUACAAUACACUACAUGUAUACUAAUGUGCUAUUCUUCUUCUUUUUUUUUUUAAAUUUAAUAUCCCAUUUUAUUUCACACUGUGCAUAUAUCAGAUUUUGGGUGGUGCUAGUGAUGGUAUGAUGGAUCAAAUACAGCUGGUGCAGAUUGUAAUGUAUUGAGCUUUGAACUAGACUGUUUCUAGAAGUCCAGCUCUUGGUAUUAGAUCACAUAAUGCCUGGAUGCUGCACAAGUUGAGCUGGCAGCAGGUCACACAUACAGCGUGUGCAGAUUUUCAACCCGAGUGUCAUUGAACUAUAGAAAUCCCUAAACAGAAAGACAAAGUGUGGUAAACAGUGCAAACAUGAAAUGCCUUUAGUUGACUGAAUGAAGUAUUGCAGUUUCACAGAUAUCUGUUUCCUAAUGUUCUAAAUCUUUAUUUUUUUUUCUCUCUCUUUCUCUCUCUAUCCAGAAAACACUUUCUGGCUUUUAUUUAUGCAAGUGCUGAUACAUACAUUAUAUUAGUCAUACAUCUCACAUAGCACUGUCAGAAUAUUAAAGAUUCUUCUGCUGGAUAAUCUAUUUAUUAUAUUUGAUUAUUUUUUAUGCUUCAGUAUAUGCUUUUGAGUGACUGAAUCUGUUACAUAAAAUGUGUAGUUACUGAAUUUUUGAAUGUACACUGUGUCAUUGCUUUUGUGUAUGUUGCAUCUGAUCAGUUAUUGAAGCAAUAUCAACUAAAUAAACGUUUUAUUCUAAAACA